GGGGAAGCGGAGCACACACAUUUGUCGGCACUGAUGCUGCAGGUGGCUGGGGCGAGUCUUUGUGUUGAGUGAUGCUGUACAGUUUUUAUUUGUAUUACCGUCACUACUGCGUGUACCAUGAGGCCUUCAACCACGGGAGGGUGGCCAAGGACCUGCGGGGCGACCAGAAGCUCAUCAGCGGGCUGCUCUUCUCCAUGAAGUCAUUCUGCCAAAAGAUCAACCCAAAAGAGUGAGUACACACCAGUGACUGGGGAGGGAGUGCCUCAGUGCCUGCCUGCCCCUGUCUGUGUGUCUGUCUGUCUGUGUGCGUCAGUUUGGGUCCGAAUGCGUUGGGGAAUCCCUUUCGGUCGUACAGCACGCCCGAGUACAAGCUGCACUACUUCGAAUCUCUCAGCGGAUAUAAGGUCAGUCAGGUCGACCAACCGGAGAGAGAGGAGAUGCAGAGCCGAUGGACAGACACGCCAUGGAUGGAUGGUUGGCUGCGUCCGUCGUGCGAUUGAUUGGUGAUGUUUCUGUCGUCGUGUGGUGUGCAGCUGCUGUUCAUGACGGACCCCUCGGUGCCCCUACUCAGAGAGCUGCUCAGGUCCGCCCGUCACUCACACCACAAAUAACCCAUACGCACACACAACGGGGCCGAUUUGCGGUGUGUGUGUGUCAUUGGUUGAUUCAUUCAUCAGUUUCAUCUACGGCAGUUUGGUAGUGGAGCAGAUCAUCAAGAACCCCACAUUUGACAUCGGCGAGCGGCUGACGGGCCACCCUCUGGCGCCGGCAUUCUCCAAGGCCCUCAACGACUGCGUGCAGGCCACACCUUUCUUCGCUUCACUGCCUCAGUAGAUAGACAGACAGACAGACAGAUGGUGGUAGAAUGGUGAGUGCUUGCAAUGCGCCGUGUGUGA